GAGCUGAUGGGCGGUGACAAGUCUCAGACCAGAGUGUGCCGGUCCGCGCCGCGCGCACAGUUUCGAGGGCCAGCGCCUCCACCCGCUCUGCAGCCGGCACCAUGCGCGAGAUCGUGCACAUCCAGGCGGGCCAGUGCGGUAACCAGAUCGGCGCCAAGUUUUGGGAGGUCAUCAGUGAUGAACAUGGGAUUGACCCCACUGGCAGUUACCAUGGAGACAGUGAUUUGCAGCUGGAGAGAAUCAAUGUGUACUACAAUGAAGCUGCUGGAAACAAAUACGUACCACGGGCCAUCCUUGUGGAUCUGGAACCAGGCACGAUGGACUCAGUCAGGUCUGGACCAUUCGGCCAGAUCUUCAGGCCCGACAACUUCGUGUUUGGCCAGAGCGGGGCGGGGAACAACUGGGCAAAGGGCCACUACACGGAGGGAGCUGAACUGGUAGACUCAGUCCUGGACGUGGUGAGGAAGGAGUCAGAGAGCUGUGACUGCCUGCAGGGCUUCCAGCUGACCCACUCGCUGGGGGGCGGCACGGGGUCCGGGAUGGGCACACUGCUCAUCAGCAAGAUCCGGGAAGAGUAUCCCGACCGCAUCAUGAACACCUUCAGCGUGAUGCCCUCGCCCAAGGUGUCCGACACGGUGGUGGAGCCCUACAACGCCACCCUCUCCGUCCACCAGCUGGUAGAAAACACAGAUGAAACGUACUCGAUCGACAACGAGGCGCUGUACGACAUCUGCUUCCGCACCCUGAAACUGACCACCCCCACGUACGGAGACCUCAACCACCUGGUGUCGGCCACCAUGAGCGGGGUCACCACCUGCCUGCGCUUCCCGGGCCAGCUGAACGCAGACCUGCGCAAGCUGGCCGUGAACAUGGUGCCCUUCCCGCGCCUGCACUUCUUCAUGCCCGGCUUCGCCCCGCUCACCAGCCGGGGCAGCCAGCAGUACCGCGCCCUGACGGUGCCCGAGCUCACCCAGCAGAUGUUCGACUCCAAGAACAUGAUGGCCGCCUGCGACCCCCGCCAUGGCCGCUACCUGACGGUGGCCGCCAUCUUCCGGGGCCGCAUGUCCAUGAAGGAGGUGGACGAACAGAUGCUCAACGUGCAGAACAAGAACAGCAGCUACUUCGUGGAGUGGAUCCCCAACAACGUGAAGACGGCCGUGUGCGACAUCCCGCCGCGCGGCCUGAAGAUGUCGGCCACCUUCAUCGGCAACAGCACGGCCAUCCAGGAGCUGUUCAAGCGCAUCUCGGAGCAGUUCACGGCCAUGUUCCGGCGCAAGGCCUUCCUGCACUGGUACACGGGCGAGGGCAUGGACGAGAUGGAGUUCACCGAGGCCGAGAGCAACAUGAACGACCUGGUGUCCGAGUACCAGCAGUACCAGGACGCCACUGCCGACGAACAGGGGGAGUUCGAGGAGGAGGAGGGCGAGGAUGAGGCUUGAGAACUUUUCAAAUACAUCGUGCAUCUUCAGUAAACUUCUGUUGUCCUCAGUCAAGCAUGGUCUAUUUGUAUACUAUGGUGCUCAGUUUUGCCUCUGUCAGAAAUUCACACCAUUGAUGUAAUAGUGUGGAACUCCUCUAAAAAUUACAGUAUUGUCUAAGAUAUCUAUACUAAUUAAAAAGCAUGUGUUCAAAACC